AUGGAGGGCUACGAUACCAUGGCUAUGCCACCUUAUCUGGCGAGUCCUCUCUCCCUCGGUAAUCUUCAGGGUCCCGAUUAUCUGAACGCUAUGCCCGGCUUGGAUCUCCCCGAUCACCGCUCCAACUUUGACUCCGAGACCUUUGUCAGUGAUGAACUCGGCUUUCCUUCAGCUGGAAUUCCAAACUCGUUGAAACGCUUCUCCUCGGGCUACGAUGAUCCUUUCACCGAUAUGGUCGCUCCAUUUGAUCCAAUCCCACCAGAGCAACCCCAGGAUUCCUCAAUCGAUCAUAAUAAUAAACUACUGAGCUUCUCGCUACCCGCCUAUCAUUUCACAUUACUGGAUUUCUCCAUGCGGCGGACAUCCUUGUCUGUCUCGGCCCAGCUACAUGGAAUGUUCUUCUUGGCCGAGUCGCCCUAUACCACAUCACCAUCGGAGAACGCCCCGCCGCAACAGGGGGCGGAGUUGACUUGCUAUCGUCGCAACUUGUUCCAGAUCACCGGCUCUGUCACUCUACCCCGAGGGAUGCGUUAUAUUAUGACAGAUAAUGGGGAUCGCAUUCCAAUUCUCGCACAGGAACUUACCGUGUCCGCUACGGAAUCCGUAGAAGGGAACCCGGUGAAGAUCAUUUCGGUGCCCUGGAAGACCCCUUCGGCUGCUGCCGCUAACGCGGGCACCGCUCUGGAGGACCACACCAAUACCGGGGCCGCCAAAGUUGAGAAGGAGCCGCCGCCAAUUGCCCUGGACAUCAUGGCGGGACAGGAUCUCGACACGGAUUACGCCACUUUCCCCAUUGCCUGGAAACGUUUACAGUUCCGCGUGGCCACCGCCAAUAACGGCCGCCGCAAGGAGUUGCAACAACAUUUCCUCGUGCGUCUCAAGGUAGUCGCAACCUUAUCCACGGGCGCCAAGAUUCCCAUCGCAGAAGUGCAGUCAGGUCCGGUGAUUGUCCGAGGUCGUAGUCCUCGCAACUUUCAGUCUCGAAAGGAUCUUCCUCUCAGUGGUAGUGCGGCGGCAUCCCGCAAGAACCAGGCUAAUGCAGCGGCGGCACUCAACCGGACCCCAACAAAUGAAUCAGUGCCCCGUCGUGCCAGUGUUACUCCCGCCAAAGGCAAGGCCCCCUCAGGCACGGUUCAAAGCAGUUCUCCCGAGACCACCUCAGUUCCACCCCCGACCUUAAUGCAACAACCUCAAGCGACCCCCGACUGGACUACAGUGCCCCAUGCGGCGCCCAAUCCUUUAAUGUCUCAUCACCAACCUCUAUUUCCUAAUUCCAGUCCGGAACAACUCGCUCAGGCCGUCGAUCAUCAACAUCGUCGAGUCAGCAGUACAGCGACGGGGCCCCCGCCUGCGCCUAUUAAUUUGUCUCUGUUGGAUGAGGAUGAUGGAAAUGGAGGAUUGCAGCUGGAUCAUAAAUUGAUGACCCCCUUUACGAAUGAAAUGCCUCAGCCACAACCUGUCGUCAACAUGGAUCAUUCUGCACCACCAGCUAAGAUGCGGAAGACGUCCCAUCACAUCUCUCAGAUCCCCUCCAGAAGUGCCACAUCAUCCAUACCUCUUCUGGAAACUGCCAAUCUACCCCAGCAGUUUGUGUCCUCGCUACCUUUCCCUAAUGAAGGUAGCGAUUUCCUCUAUGAGUACUUCCCAUUAGGGUUGGAUGAUUGGCAGGCACCAGUGGAUGCUGUCUAUCGGCCCCAUGUGGUACAUCAUACCAAUAUGCCAGAGAUGAAGUUUGUAGCAGCGAGAGGCCGUAGCAAGCGCUACUUUGCCGCCGAAGAUGUGUUCUGA